UGAAGAGUCAGAUAUUUAUUUUUAUUUUAAUUUAGUUAAUUAAUAAACAAUUUUUAAAAGAAAACCUUCAAUUUUCAGAUUAAACUAAAAAUUAAUUAAAAUAAUUAUUCAUUCGCCAUCAGUUAUUAAAAACUGACAUAAAACAACAAAAAAUAAAAAUGUUUGGUCGAAGUCACAUGAAUCCGUAUGACUUCCACAAACAUUUGGUCAAUGAAUAUGUCCUGAAAAAUCCUGGAGGUACUGCAGCUCUAAAAAGAGACGAUUCCAAAGACAAAACCGAUUUCGACAUCAUAAGAGAAAAUCAUCGAUUUGUGUGGAAUUCUGACGAUGUCGACGACAGUUGGGAGAAAAAGUUGGCUAAAAAAUACUUUGAUAAACUCUUCAAGGAAUACACAAUCUCAGACCUGAGUCAGUACAAAGACAACAGAGUCGCCCUUCGAUGGCGAGUUGAAAAGGAAAUUGUGACGGGAAAAGGACAAUUUAUUUGCGGCGAACGAAAAUGUGAUGAACGAGAAAAUUUGCGAUCAUGGGAAGUAAAUUUCGGAUACGUGGAAGAAGGAAUAAAGAAAAAUACUUUGGUGAAGUUGCGACUUUGUCCGAGUUGUUCCGACAAAUUGAACUACAGAUCGAAAAAACGGGAAAUUAAGCGGUUGAAGCGCAGUAGUAAAAAGAAAAGUCACAAAGAAGGAACUGUUGAGAAAGGAGAAACAAGUAAAGAUCUUAAAGAUGUUUCAGAGGAAUCAAGUUCUUCAAAGAAGGCAAAUGAAUCAGAACCAGAAGAACCUAAAGCGAGCAAAAAUGAAGUUAUUAUUGAUAAAAAUCAUUGGACUAAGGAAAGCAAUUCUGAAGAAAAUGUUACACGAGAAGAAGAAUUUGAUGACUAUUUGGAGGAUUUAUUGUUAUGAAUUUCUUGUAAUUAUUCAUAAAAGCGUAACUGAUUAAAAAAAAA